AUGAAUGGUCGAAUGAGGUCACUGUCUCCAGUAUAUAGACUGUACGGAGGUUUAGGACCGAACGGAAGUUCACUGUCUCCCUUUCAUAGAUAUGUUGGGCUUCAUAAGCACUUCAGCACGCCCAGUGGAAAUAACUCAGAUUUGACCCAAGGCCCACGCAAUAACUCUGAAGAAAAGAUUCAAAGAGUUAUAGCCAAAUCCAAAUUGCUCAGGAGGCUGAACCAAAAUCCCAAGUUUUCACGUUAUUUUUUUAAGCUGAGCGAAGCUGGAAUUACAUCAACUGUGACGUCUUUUUUGAUUAUGCACGAAUUGACCGCAAUAGCACCUUUAUUUGGUUUAUGGUGGGUGUUCUAUGAACUAGAUUUGCCAGAUCAAUAUGAACUUCCAUUAUAUUUCACGAAUUUGUUGAAUCAAUGUGGUGAUGCCAUGGAAAGACUUGUCGGUGAUAAGUAUAGUGAAGGUUUUGACAGAAACAGGCUAAUAUUGUCUGGGGCAAUUUCAUAUGCCAUUGUAAAGUUUCUAUAUCCUCUUAGAGUACUGUUUAGCUUGUGGGCUGCUCCAUACAUGGGGAAAUGGCUUCUUGCACCAUUCUACAAAAUAACAUCAAUUUUGAAACGCAAGGAUAAGACAAAAUUACACAAAAAAUAG